CAUUUUUAUAACUUACUACUCUUCUAAAAUUUGAUUUGCAGAUAAGCAAACCCAAAAUAAUUUAGUUAAAAGCAAAAUAAAAUUAUUUGACUUUUGUUUUGUUUUUUAUUUCAAAUUACAACAGGAAAAAGUCUGUGGGUGGAGAAUAAUAACUUCUUACAUUGCUUCCCCUUGUAAACUAAGCAAUAAAAGCUGGAAACUCUCCAAAUUAAAAUUAUGCGAAAUACAAGGAGCCAUUGGUCCAAAAGCUGAAAUGUACAAGUUGCUAUAGAACUGAUUCCGGAGUAGCAGAGAUUAUGCUGGAGGUGAAAUUGCUUCAGUCCAAGACAGCGCAGUUUACUGAAGGUGUAUGGCUGGAAGCCAGUGCAAUAAAUGCCUGGGGAAGCACAGAAUAGAUACUUUAUGUUCCACCACAGUUUGUGUGCCUGCUUUGUCUGACCACCUGUGGAUACCAACAGCAAGUGGGUGACUUGUGAUGUUCUCAUUUAAAGGGUUUCAUCACUCUUAUGUUUCAUACGGAGCUUUCUCAAGUGAUAAAAGGGAAAUGCUCUGAAAAGAACCAGAACAAACAAUGGCCUGUCUUACAAUGACAAACAUGGAAGGCACAGCAACUUCUACUGUCCACCAGAAUGGUGACAUCCUCGGGAAUACCAGUGCACCCAAGCAGACAGAACCAUUGCUUCAAGUGUACCUUUAUCAUUCUCCUGGGAAGACAGGAGGAGAUUAUCUUCAAUUUCCAGCUGGAGAGUAUGUUGCAGAAGAGAUUUGCACUGUUGCCUGUAAAGCCUGUGGUAUCAUGCCGGUGUAUCAUAACAUGUUUGCACUCAUGAGUGAAACAGAGAGAAUUUGGUAUCCCCCAAAUCACAUCUUCCAUGUAGAUGAAGCAACCAGACUCAUCCUGCUGUACCGGAUAAGGUUUUAUUUUCCCCACUGGUAUUGCAAUGGCACAAGCAGAGCAUAUCGGUAUGGCAUUAUUCGGGGUGCAGAAAGCCCUGUUCUUGAUGAUCUUGUCAUGUCUUACCUAUUUGCACAGUGGCGAGAUGAUUUUUUGAAUGGAUGGAUACAGAUGCCUGUUACUCAUGAAACACAGGAAGAAUGCCUUGGAAUGGCUGUUCUGGAUAUGAUGAGAGUGGCCAAAGAAAGGGACCAAACCCCACUGGCUAUUUACAACUCGGUCAGCUACAAAAUGUUUUUGCCUAAAUGUGUGCGAGCAAAAAUCCAAGACUACCACAUUUUGACCCGAAAGAGGAUAAGGUACAGGUUCCGCAAAUUUAUACAACAGUUUGGCCAAUGCAAAGCUACUGCCAGAAACUUGAAACUUAAGUAUCUCAUAAAUCUGGAAACCCUUCAGUCCGCCUUCUAUUCAGAGGUUUUUGAAGUAAAAGAACCUGGUGGAGAUCCUUCUGGAGAGGAAAGUUUUGCAACUAUUGUAAUAACUGGAAAUGGUGGAAUUCAGUGCUCAAGAGGAAAACUGAAAGACUGUGAGACCCUGGCAGAGCAGGAUUUACAAACAUACUGUGAUUUUCCUGAUAUCAUUGAUGUCAGCAUUAAACAAGCAAGUCAAGAAGGCUCCAGUGAGAGAAGAAUUGUGACCAUUCACAAACAAGACAGCAAAAAUCUGGAGGCUGAAUUUCAGUCUUUAAGAGAAGCUCUCUCCUUUGUAUCGUUAAUUGAUGGAUAUUACAGAUUAACUGCAGAUGCCCACCAUUAUCUCUGUAAAGAAGUGGCACCACCAUCAGUGCUUGAAAAUAUCCAAAGCAACUGCCAUGGACCAAUUUUCAUGGACUUUGCUAUCAGUAAACUGAAGAAAGCGGGUAAUCAGACUGGCUUCUACGUUCUUCGUUGCAGUCCUAAAGAUUUUAAAAAAUACUUCCUCACCUUUGCUAUAGAGCGUGAGAAUGCCACUGAUUAUAAACACUGCUUGAUUACGAAGAACGAGAAUGGGGAAUAUAAUCUUAGUGGAACCAAGAGAAGUUUUGGUAAUCUUAAGGAUCUGUUGACCUGUUACCAGACAGAAACUGUCCGCUCAGACAGCAUAAUUUUCCAGUUCAUCAAGUGCUGUCCACCAAAACCAAAAGAUAAAUCAAAUCUCCUAGUCUUCAGAAGUAAUAGUGUCUCUGAUGUACCUUCAUCACCAACGCUACAGAGGCACAAUAAUGUCAACCAGAUGGUCUUUCACAAAAUCCGGAAUGAGGACUUGAUUUUUGAAGAGAGUCUGGGACAGGGCACAUUUACUAAAAUAUUCAAAGGUAUAAGGAAAGAAGUCGGAGACUAUGGCCAGCUCCAUCAAACUGAAGUUCUUUUAAAGGUGCUGGAUAAAGUGCAUAGAAACUACUCUGAGUCCUUCUUUGAGGCAGCAAGUAUGAUGAGCCAGCUUUCUUACAAACAUUUGGUAUUAAAUUAUGGAGUCUGCGUGUGCGGAGAGGAGAAUAUCCUUGUACAAGAGUAUGUGAAAUUUGGAUCCUUGGACACGUAUUUGAAAAAGAACAAAAAUGUUAUCAAUAUCGUGUGGAAGCUGGAAGUAGCCAAACAAUUGGCAUUAGCCAUGCAUUUCCUGGAGGAUAAAGGCCUUGUUCACGGAAAUGUCUGUGCAAAAAACAUCUUGCUUAUCAGAGAGGAAGACAGGAAGUCUGGAAACCUUCCUUUUAUAAAACUAAGUGAUCCUGGCAUCAGUAUUACAGUUUUGCCAAGAGAUAUUCUUCUUGAAAGAAUACCAUGGGUUCCACCUGAAUGUAUUGAGAAUCCCAAACAAUUAAGCCUGGCUACAGAUAAAUGGAGUUUUGGUACUACUUUGUGGGAAAUCUGCAGUGGAGGAGACAAACCUCUGAAUGCACUGGAUUCUUCAAGGAAACUACAGUUUUAUGAGGAUAGACACCAACUUCCUGCACCGAACUGGACAGAGCUAGCAAACCUUAUAAACAACUGUAUGGAUUACGAGCCAGAUUUCAGGCCUUCAUUUAGAGCAAUUAUACGUGACUUGAAUAGUUUGUUCACUCCAGAUUACGAGUUAUUGACAGAAAACGAUAUGUUGCCAAAUAUGCGAAUUGGAGCACUUGGAUUUUCUGGGGCUUUUGAAGAUCGGGACCCAACACAAUUUGAAGAAAGACAUCUUAAGUUUUUACAGCAACUUGGCAAGGGAAAUUUUGGCAGUGUUGAGAUGUGCCGGUAUGACCCCCUACAGGAUAAUACUGGAGAGGUGGUGGCUGUGAAAAAGCUGCAACAUAGCACAGAAGAGCACCUUAGGGACUUCGAAAGAGAAAUUGAAAUACUUAAAUCUCUGCAGCAUGAUAACAUUGUUAAAUACAAAGGAGUAUGCUACAGUGCAGGUCGUAGGAAUCUGAGAUUAAUUAUGGAAUAUUUACCGUAUGGAAGUUUACGAGAUUAUCUGCAGAAACACAAGGAAAGACUGGACCACAAGAAGCUUUUGCUGUAUGCAUCUCAGAUAUGCAAAGGUAUGGAGUAUCUGGGUACAAAAAGAUACGUUCACCGGGAUUUAGCAACAAGAAAUAUCUUAGUGGAGAAUGAGAACAGAGUUAAAAUUGGAGACUUUGGAUUGACUAAAGUCUUGCCACAAGAUAAGGAGUACUACAAAGUGAAAGAACCUGGUGAAAGCCCUAUAUUUUGGUAUGCUCCAGAAUCUCUGACAGAGAGCAAAUUUUCUGUGGCCUCAGAUGUGUGGAGUUUUGGUGUAGUCUUAUAUGAACUCUUCACUUAUAUUGAAAAGAGCAAAAGCCCACCAGCUGAAUUCAUGCGCAUGAUUGGCAAUGAUAAACAAGGGCAGAUGAUUGUAUUUCAUUUGAUAGAGCUUUUGAAGAAUAAUGGACGACUGCCAAGACCAGAUGGAUGCCCUGAUGAGAUUUAUGCUAUCAUGAAAGAAUGCUGGAACAACAACGUUACCCAGCGCCCCACCUUUAGGGAUCUUGCUCAACGAGUGGAUCAUAUAAGGGACAACAUGGGUGGAUAAGAAAACUGUCCCUCCUUAAGAGGAUGCAUUGUGAUGCAGAACAAAAUGUACUUGGUCUGCUGUGUAUAAUUGACAUAUGUGCACUUGUGCAUCUAUCUUUCCUGGGAGUAAAAUCUGUGUGGCAAAUAUCCUAUCUGAAUCUGCAAACUGAGGAAUCCUGCUGGUUUUCUUUAUCAGGAUAUAUUUGUUACUAUGAGAACAAUAGGGAGAGAAAUUAUUUUUCUAAACAAAAUAAUCUAAUAUAUGGUCAGUCUACAACACCAUUAUUUGCCUUACUUGGCAGUGCAAAAAAGAGGUGACUGAACAUAUGGUGUGAGUAAGAAAUGAAGAGACAGUGUAUUUCCUUGUUGAAACGGAGAUGCACAGAAAAGACUCCUAGUCUUCUCACUACGAGUCUGUAGUGACUUGGCACCCUGUUUUGUGUGUUGCACAAGGGCUUGUGUUUGUUAAUACACUUUUAUAACUUUCAUUGUUGAUGCAGAAAUGGCUUCUCUGUAUAAUGAAAUGGAAGUAGUUAUGUAAUGUGGCAACUUUUACUGUGCCUGUCUGAAUCAGUUGUUGGUCAGCAAUAUAUGCAAAGAGACAGAAUAGGCUGUGUGAUUUAAGUAUUUUUUGGGGAAGGGAGCAAAUUGUUUUUCAUUUGGACAGCCAGAAAACUUAUCCAUGCGAAAAUUUUAAUUUAAAAUGAAAAAGCAAAUAUUCUUCUUUUUUCUUACUCUUCUUUUCCUGUCUUGAUUAAAUAUUGGAUACCCUUUACAUAUCUGAAGAUGUAAUAUAGCAAGUAGAACUGAAGCCAUUUUAUACAAAACAGUGUCUUCAGUUUAUUUCUGAGUAUUAAAAAGCCAAACAUAUUGCUUUUAAAUACUUCUUUUAUUCCUCCAUCUUUGUAAUUUUCAUGUAGUUCUCAGUGUAUCUAUAAAUUGGAAACUUUAAAACAGAAUUAAAAAUACAGAAAAUGCCCUUCUUUUCCCAGUUGCUCACUUUGAUGUCAUGAUCAUCAUCUGAUACAUUCCUUCCAGUACCCUAAAAGAAUGCUUAUGUCCCAGUAUCUGAUAUGGCCAGUCGCAAACACCUUAGGUCAAUUUUCCAGUGAAUUGACCCAAAGCUAUCUCAUUUUUCUUCUGUGGUGAAACCCAACGUAAGACCAUUUGGAAGGAGGAAAUAUAAGUGCAGUUGUUCCACAAUCAGCUAGGGGCAAGAACAUGAUCCCAGUUAUUGAUAACUGGAAGGAGUUCAAAGCUACUUGAACAGAUAACUGUGUGUAAUUCCACUUUUGAAAUAAGUCUAACAAAUUUAUAGACAAGGCAACUGUUUGGUUUUUGCCUCCAAGCACGAAACUUGGGGAAUAAUUUCGUAUCUCAAAGCAGUAAAGGCUUCAGGUUUGUUUAUUUUAAAUUCAAAUAAUCUUUUUUUUUUUUUUACUUAGAUAGUGUUGCAAAGUACAAUGCUGGUUCUUCUUGGAUGUUUGCUGAGGCUCAAUCAAAGCUACACAACUUGGCAAACUCUUGAAAUGCACAUUUGUAUUUAAAAUGAAGUGUUCAUUUCUGAAAUUUGGUGGCAGUGAAUAUGUGAAAUAGAGGAGUUACUUCACUGUGAGGCCUCCUUAAGAUUUAUGAUUUAAAUACAUCCAUCUUAUCAGAAGUUUAAGUACCUCAGUUAAAAAGAAAAAGUAAAAAUUCCUUAUUCAAUUAACAUUGUGCCAGUAUUGCAAAGUUUUGUACCACUAUGAUGUUUCUCUCCCACAAUCACUCGUUCCAAAUUCUGAUUGUAUAAUAUGGGAGAUUGCUAAGUAGCGAAGGGGCAACAUCAACCCUCUUUCUGCCCAUUGCAUUUAAUAAAAUUUUCUGUUGGUUUUCUUGCCACCAAA